AAAUGGCUUCAAUGGAGAAACGGCUCGCUAAAGAGCUUCAACAGCUUAGGACUCACCCUCCACCUGGUGUGACUGUAGACUGGGACAAGAUGGGGUCAAGUUUGGCUGAGUGGAUUGUUGAGCUGGAAGGUGCUGAGGAAUCAUUAUAUUGCGGUGAAAAGUUUAAACUACAAUUUAAAUUUGGUCAGCGUUAUCCGUUUGAAUCGCCACAGGUUACUUUCAUCGGUGCCAACAUUCCAGUUCAUCCCCACAUCUACAGCAACGGCCACAUCUGCCUAUCAAUCCUGACCGAUGAUUGGUCACCAGCCCUCUCUGUACAGUCUGUAUGUCUCAGUAUCGUCAGUAUGAUGAGCAGCUGUAAAGAAAAGAAACGGCCACCAGAUAAUGCCUUUUAUAUAAAAACGUGUAGCAAAAAUCCCAAGAAAACAAAAUGGUGGUAUCACGAUGACAGUGUAUGAUGGUAGUUGGUAAGCCUGUUUCAUGUCUUAUAGAAACGUAGUGUGUUCAGCCAAGGACUAUUAAACAAUGCCAUCGUUUUAACUGAGACAUAUGCAUGGCGAUACUGAUCUUAUUAUUAGCAAUCUCUUGUGCUGCUCGCAGACCAUUCCAAAAAGGUUUUACCCAACAAGUUGACAACCGAGGACAUUGCAGGAUGCAUUUUGCACCACUGUGGCUGGGAGUUGUUUGGCACAGAAGACCUUAUAUAUUCAUCACUUUGCAGAAGUGGUCUUGCACCAAUUACUGUACGCCGUGAAAUUUUGUGAGCACUUUACUUUUGCGAAUGAAUUGAAUUGUCGAAUGCAAACUGUCACGAAAUCCCAUGUGUACACUUGGGUUUUUGCCCUUAGGCUGAUGAUGCAUUCAGCCCUGGCUGGAUGUAUGUGCUGAAAGGUUCGGAGACCAGUAUCGGUUUUACUUUGCAGUCGGAUUAGAAAUGUUCUUGCUGGUAAUUAGCCUAGUUUUCUAGCCGCUCCCUCGGUAUACAAUGACCAUACAUGUUUCUCCUUGACCAAACUGAUUGAUAAGUUUGACCGGUUUCGAUGCUCACACAUCUUCCAAACUCUGGCUGAUCAUGCAAUAAUGAAAAAAAUGUAAGUAGUGUAUAUAAAAUGGAUAUUGUGUAGAUAUUUAUGUUGUGAUUGUGAUCAUGGGGUCUAACAUUUUUUUGGGUAAACCUACUUGGUCCAUGUUGUAGAAUUCACAUGAAAUCCUGAUAUGCCGGUGUGUCAGGUGUCCAGGACUAUAGUCGGUGAACUCAUUGACAAUAAUUAUUUUAAUCACAGAAGUCAGAAAGGGGAUAAAGGGGUUCAUUUCUGUGGCGGACAUCAAUACUAUAUGUAACUGUGGUAUGGUACAUAAAAUAUGUAAUGACUUCGGUUGUUAAGGGAUGAAAAGUUCUAUCUACAAAGCCUUUUUGUUGAGUGGUGGUGUGCUAUCAGCAAUUUUGAUGAGGAACUGAGUCGAUUCUUUAGACCAUGACUUGUUGGUAUCGAAUGUAUAUUCUAGUUUCUACCUGCAUUCUCUAUGUAAACUGUAGUCUAUUUGUACUGUAAUCAUUUUGCCAUGUAAUGUUUUUGACUUCUAGAUGCUUGAGACUAAAUUGGCAACAGUGUAAGUCACACUUGCUGUCACUUCGUCAAAUCUAGCUCCAGCAAUUCUAUAUGAAAAUCAAAAUAUGUUGUAGUUGACUUUGCCCGGCUGACAUGAAACAGCCUGUUUUAAAUCUUAUGAAAAUUUUAGAGGAUGUAGUUGAUACAUUGUGGUGCAAUAGAGACGAGCCCCUGAAAGUUUGGGGCACUCUGUGAAAUGCUUUCUUUGUUUAUUUUUGCCGGUCUUGUUCUUUAUUUUCAAUUACUUUUAUGUAGCGUCUCUCCAAUAAGUUGUCAGUAGUGUAGACACUAAACCUUUUGUGUCACAAGGUAAAAGUAGAAUUGUCUGCCUUGUCAUUUAAGAUGUGGCGCAUACAAGUGGCUAAGUCCUGAACAACAGUCAUAACAUGAAAGCUUUAUAUCUGAAUGGUCAAAGAGAGUACAUUUCACUUUUGCUUGCUUGAUAAAUGGAUAUUUGAUAACUCGACAGAAUAUCGGAUGCAGUAGCGAGAGAGACAGACAUUUCAUGUGAUUUUUUUCUUUCUUUUGUCUUAAUUAUAUGAUCUGAUGGUUACAAGAAGCUCUGUUAAAAUGGUAUUUUUCUGAUUUUACUUAACUUAUCUGUUAACUCAUUUCAAACACACCUCUUCACAGUGGUGAUUCAAAUUAAUUUACCUGUUAUAGACCACAAUAGAUUCUCCAGAAUCUUUUGCCAAAUGAUUAAUAAUGGGGGGGGGGGGGGGCAAAGACACUCUUCAGUUCUUUUUCCCCCUCAAUUUCACCAGCCACAGGAAUAUUGUUGUCUGUAACAGGUAUAUCAAUUUGAAAAUCCACUGUCUUACCCUUCAGUCUGUCUAGAACGAGGUUAGUGCUAUUCUAGUCCAAAGCCAUUUAAGGGAUGAUUUAGGGGAAUUUCUAACCCAUGAUAAAACAUUGAUCCUGAUCAUCAAGCACACUUGUUUAAACCUAUGGCUGGCUCAUAAUUGUGUCGACUUGUUAACUUGUGUCGGCCUGAAUGAGUGUAAUUUGUUUUGACUGAAUCAGUGUGUCACGUCGCUUCACCGUCGCCAUAAAAUACAUGUCGUAUUUAUGAUUCAAUAAACUGUUUCAUUUAUGUAAAAUUGUGAA